CUAACUAUCACUGACAUUCCCAGUGACACUAAUACAGUGAUCAAUGCUAAUAAAAAGCACUGACACUGUACUAAUGGCACUGGCCAGGAAGGGAUUAGCAUCUGGGGCGAUCAAAGGGUUAACUGUGUGCUGUUUUACUGUGGAAACAUACUGCUGUGUAUUGCUCUACUAUGCAGAGCAAUCCAAAUCAGCCUGUUGGUGGUGACAGGGGAGAGAUCUGUAUUGUUUACACACAGACCUCUCCCCUGUCACUAUUCCUCACUGUUCCUUGGUGAUCGCCAGGUGCCGGCAGGGAAUCGACAGCUGUAGUCAUCUAUGGUGGCGCGGGUAGGUCGGCGUGUGCCCCCCUACCCGGAAAUGCAAAAU